GAGGGGAGGAGGGAGGGGGAGAGAGGGAGGGAGCCGAGGAAGACGCUCCGAUAACCCGUGCGUUUCGUAAGGCUCCGAGCACUUGUACAUUUCUGCAGGCGCGCGGCGAGCCAUUCGCGGCGGCUGCUGCAGCUCCGACUGCAUCUUCCUCCUCCUCCUUCCCCCGGGCUCCGGGUGUGUGUAUGUGUGAGUGAGUGAGUGUGUGUGCGUGCGUGAGUGUGUGUGUGUGCUUUGCAGGUGUGUCCGUUUUAAUUCUGCCCAGUAGGUGGGACUUGGUGACUUUAGCACCAUAUUUUCCUUUUCCCUUUUUUUUUUUUUCUUUUUCUUUUUUGCCUCCCCACCGUCUGUUGCAACCCUGCAAAGUCUCGGAGUCGGAGAGCGCGGCUCGCUUCCCGAGCCUCCGGACCCGGCGAGCCGGCGAGCGCCGAGCCGGCCACCAUGCCAGGCAAACCGCGCCACUAGGCGCUCCCCGCGGCUCCCACCCGGCGGCGGCGGCGGCGGCGGCGGCGGCGGCGGCAGCGGCGGCGGCGGCGGCGGCGGCCGCGAUGGUUUCAGACGCUGAAGGAUUUUGCAUCUGAUCGCACGGCGUUUCAAAGGCAGAGGCCCCCCCUCCCCCUUCCCCCCUCCCUCGCCGUCUUUGUUUCCUUCCCCCCCAGCUCUCCCCACUCCCCCCACCCCACCCCCCUCUCCUCUCCUCCUCCUCUUUUUUAGAAGCCGCGAUCGGAGAUGGAUGUCUCUCUUUGCCCAGCCAAGUGUAGUUUCUGGCGGAUUUUCUUGCUGGGAAGCGUCUGGCUGGACUAUGUGGGCUCCGUGCUGGCUUGCCCUGCAAAUUGUGUCUGCAGCAAGACUGAGAUCAAUUGCCGGCGGCCGGACGAUGGGAACCUCUUCCCCCUCCUGGAGGGGCAGGAUUCAGGGAACAGCAAUGGGAACGCCAGCAUCAACAUCACGGACAUCUCAAGGAAUAUCACUUCCAUACACAUAGAGAACUGGCGAGGUUUGCACACGCUGAAUGCCGUGGACAUGGAGCUCUACACCGGCCUCCAAAAGCUGACCAUCAAGAACUCAGGACUUCGGAGCAUCCAGCCCAGGGCCUUUGCCAAGAACCCCCACUUGCGCUACAUAAACCUGUCGAGUAACCGGCUCACCACACUCUCAUGGCAGCUCUUCCAGACGCUGAGUCUUCGGGAAUUGAGACUGGAGCAGAACUUCUUCAACUGUAGCUGUGACAUCCGCUGGAUGCAGCUGUGGCAGGAGCAGGGGGAGGCCAAGCUCAACAGCCAGCACCUCUACUGCAUCGGUGCCGACGGCUCCCAGCUGCCCCUGUUCCGCAUGAACAUCAGCCAGUGCGACCUUCCUGAGAUCAGUGUGAGCCACGUGAACCUGACCGUUCGAGAGGGCGACAACGCUGUCAUCACAUGCAAUGGCUCUGGGUCCCCUCUGCCCGACGUAGACUGGAUAGUCACGGGCCUGCAGUCCAUCAACACCCACCAGACAAAUCUGAACUGGACCAAUGUACACGCCAUCAACCUGACCCUGGUCAAUGUGACAAGCGAGGACAAUGGCUUCACCCUGACAUGCAUCGCGGAGAAUGUGGUGGGCAUGAGCAAUGCCAGUGUGGCCCUCACCGUGCACUACCCCCCUCGCGUGGUGAGCCUGGAGGAGCCCGAGCUGCGUCUGGAGCACUGCAUCGAGUUCGUGGUGCGGGGCAACCCGCCGCCCACGCUGCACUGGCUGCACAAUGGGCAGCCGCUGCGGGAGUCCAAGAUCACGCAUGUGGAGUACUACCAGGAGGGCGAGGUGUCCGAGGGCUGCCUGCUCUUCAACAAGCCCACGCACUAUAACAACGGCAACUACACCCUCAUCGCCAAAAACCCACUGGGCACGGCCAACCAGACCAUCAACGGCCACUUCCUCAAGGAGCCCUUCCCAGAGAGCACGGAUAACUUUGUUUCCAUCUACGACGUGAGCCCCACACCCAUCACGGUGACCCACAAACCGGAGGAAGACACUUUUGGGGUGUCCAUCGCCGUGGGACUUGCUGCUUUUGCCUGCGUCCUGUUGGUGGUUCUCUUCAUCAUGAUCAACAAGUAUGGUCGGCGGUCCAAAUUUGGAAUGAAGGGGCCUGUGGCUGUCAUCAGUGGCGAGGAGGACUCAGCCAGCCCGCUGCACCACAUCAACCAUGGCAUCACCACGCCCUCCUCGUUGGACGCCGGGCCGGACACGGUGGUCAUCGGCAUGACCCGUAUCCCGGUCAUUGAGAAUCCCCAGUACUUCCGUCAGGGACACAACUGCCACAAGCCAGACACGUAUGUGCAGCACAUUAAGAGAAGGGACAUCGUGCUGAAGCGGGAACUGGGCGAGGGAGCCUUUGGGAAGGUCUUCCUUGCCGAGUGCUACAACCUCAGCCCGACCAAGGACAAGAUGCUCGUGGCUGUGAAGGCUCUGAAGGAUCCCACCCUGGCUGCCCGGAAGGAUUUCCAGAGGGAGGCUGAGCUGCUCACCAACCUGCAGCACGAACACAUUGUCAAGUUCUAUGGGGUGUGUGGUGAUGGAGACCCGCUCAUCAUGGUCUUUGAGUACAUGAAGCAUGGAGACCUGAACAAGUUCCUUAGGGCCCAUGGGCCAGAUGCUAUGAUCCUUGUGGAUGGGCAGCCACGUCAGGCAAAAGGUGAGCUGGGGCUCUCCCAAAUGCUCCACAUCGCCAGUCAGAUCGCCUCAGGCAUGGUGUACCUGGCCUCCCAGCACUUCGUACACCGGGACCUGGCCACCAGGAACUGCCUGGUUGGAGCCAAUCUGCUGGUGAAGAUCGGGGACUUUGGCAUGUCCAGAGAUGUCUACAGCACUGAUUACUACAGGCUCUUUAAUCCAUCUGGAAAUGAUUUUUGUAUAUGGUGUGAGGUGGGAGGACACACCAUGCUUCCCAUUCGCUGGAUGCCCCCUGAAAGCAUCAUGUACCGGAAGUUCACUACGGAAAGUGACGUGUGGAGCUUCGGGGUGAUCCUUUGGGAGAUCUUCACCUACGGAAAGCAGCCAUGGUUCCAGCUCUCAAACACAGAGGUCAUCGAGUGCAUCACCCAAGGUCGUGUGCUGGAGCGGCCCCGGGUCUGCCCCAAAGAGGUGUAUGACGUCAUGCUGGGGUGCUGGCAGAGGGAGCCCCAGCAGCGGCUGAACAUCAAGGAGAUCUACAAAGUCCUCCACGCUUUGGGGAAGGCCGCCCCCAUCUACCUGGACAUCCUUGGCUAGCGGCAGCUGGUGGUCACGGACGCGUACUCUGUGGCCUCCGUCUCCCGGCCUCACAUCGCCCCUCGCCCACCUCACACUCCUUUCUUCCAUCCUGACAGAAGCGAACAUCUUCAUAUAAACUCAAGUGCCUGCUACACAUACAACACUGAAAAAAAAAAAAAAAAAGUGAAAGAGAAAACCUGUAAGGCAGUUUGGCAAAUAUAUAUAUACAUAUAUAUAUAUAUAUAUUUAUAUAUCUAACUAUCUAUCUAUCUAUAUCCACAGAGAGAUACCUUCUCUAAUAGAGAGAGAAACUGCUGAUACAGAAAUCAUAAGACUGUAACAACAACUCAGAAAAAUCUUAAAUCUUAUGAACACAAAUGGAAGUCCCCUUUGACGGAAGCUGGGGCCCUUGGUUCUGCAGCUCCAACUGUUUGGGGCCAGAGGCCUCGAUGACGCAGAGAUGGUCUUUGCUGUGCUGGGACCAGAGGAGCGGGGAUGGAUCACAGCUGUGCAGGUGGUGACCCGCGCAGGUGCGCUACCCCUCCCCCACCCCCGAGGUCCGCACAGGUGCGUGGGUUGACCCCGACUGUGGCACUCGGGAUGCAGCAGGAAGUAACACGGCCCUGGGGGCCUCUGGAAUGCCUCCCAUCUCCCCUGACUGUGGCUCCACGCCUUCCCCCUUUCCUCCACUUCAAGACAAUUCUCCAAUUUGUCCAUUCUAGAAAGUAGAGUCCUGAUGCUUUUGGAAGUCAAUGAGGGCAUCUACCACUAAACACUGGACAACCAAUGAGCCCCCAAACUAUGGUGACCAUGGACCACCUCUGUCUUGAGCGUAAACCAUGCUCAAGUUCCUUCCUCCAUUGGAAAGAUGUGUCAUCUGUUCUCUGAACUUCAAGAACUGGACGUUCUGGACUUAACCACAGAAGAAAAAGCUGAAAUUUGAACCCUCCCUGUCAAGGCACUGCCUCCCAUCUUUUCCUCACUGGAAGACUCCUCGGUCCCACCUCCCACAUGCGGGCUUUGGGGGGAGUUUCAGGGCAUAGGGAACACGUCCCAUGCUGCCUUGAGUGUGGACACAGCAGGGUUCCAGCAGCAGGAGACUUGGUUCCUUGUAGGUCAUUGUAACGUGUGCCCCUCUGUGCCGUCUGUGUCUCAUGCUGCCUGCCUUCCAUCUCCAGCCCUACUUCCUGGGCUCCCUGCACGUCCCAGGGCCACCUCGCUGCCAGGGAAGAAAGCCAGGACUAGCGACAGCGUGGGGCAGUGCUCGUUCCUGAGAGCGAGGCCGUGGACUGGGCCGGAGCCGGCAGGGAAGAUGGCACCUGCACCAGCCCCUUGGCAUUCUCCUCACGUUUCCAGCCCCUGGAAGGAUUGAUGCAUCUGCCUUUGAGCUUGCUGUGAACGCUCAGGGGCUGAAAAAUCGCUUUUGUGGGCCGGGGCUGGGGAAGGGGCCGAGGCUUCUCCGGGAGGUGUCCCCUGCGCGGCCACAGCCGCGGGCUUGGCAUCUUAAUGAGGACAGAGCCCUGACCAGAGAGCGAGGAGGAGGCUUCUGGGCGGGGGUCCUGGCCGCUGCUGGUGAGGGCUGUAACAGGGGCAGAUCCCUGGGCCACCUGGACACCCGAGCACGAAAUGCCACUGGAGGGCAGUGGCCUGGGCCCCCGGAGCUCUCCUGCUGGAGGGAGGACAGGCCCCUCUCAGCUCACUGGCCCCAGCCCCUCACCCCAAGCACAGAGCUACCUAUCAGACUGGCCUGCGGCCGGCCCUGCCAGCGUGAGGGGCUGUGGCUGGCCUGACUGGCCUGGUCAGCGGCAGCACAUUCAUCCCUGUGGGCUUCAGAACUAAAUCCUGCCUUUGUGGUUUUGCUUCCUUUUUUAAGUUUCUUUUUUUUUUUUUUUAAGACCCACAAAUGUUUUUUUUUCAAACAGAAAAGAGCUGUGUUGGGACUGCCGGCCUCGGUUGGGGUCAGGGAUCAGGGAGGCCGCUCGAGCUGGGCUGGGAGGGCAUCCGGAGCUUGGCGUGGGGUUGGCCCCAUGCUGGCCUCCCAGCCCUGAGGACUUUCGAGAAGAGCUCAGUGGGUCUUCCAUGUCAGAGGAAGCCUUUGCUGUCCUGUGGCCAUCAUCCCUCCUGUCUUUCUGCCUGGAGGCCCUGGGUCUCUUCCGGGGCUGUUAUCACAGGAUGAGCUACGUAUGGAAGUCUCGUGCUGAGCGGGGUUCCUGAGCCAAAGCUGCUCGUGGAGGGAGGGCUUUGGGGGGAAGGGUCUUCUGGUUAGAUGUGAGGCUUCAGGGCUCCUGUUGCUGCCAAAGCAGACCCUGGAGAGUCUCCCCAACACAGGCCCUGUGUGGCUUCAUCUCACGGUGUCUCUAGAACUCUUAUCACUGAUAGGUGGGUAAAGGGUUGGAAGCCGGGGGGCAGCUGGGCAUGAGGAAGGCCAGGCGGCUUCCAACGGGGCUCUAAGGCAGCACGGCCUAAGGGGGAAGCUAGUUCCUUUGGGACUAAGGAGCUGUGAAGAAGACCGAAGUCAGACUGUACAGGCCCUUGUGCUGCCCAUGGGGACGCAGCAUCGUCACGUCCACCGUAAGCAUCUGCCUCUCCAGAAUGAUCACGGCCAAGCAAGGAGGAGCGGAGAGGGAGCACUGGCCUUCUUCCUCCCCGCUGUGCUCUCUGCGCACAGUCCAUGUGUCACAGUCGAUGUGUCAACAAGGCGGGUAUAAAAAGUGAAAAGGUUUUUGGAAGGAGAGAGAAGCAAAGAGUAGACACUGUGGGCACUCCCUGGGGGCAAGCCGAGGAUGUUAUUCCUCCUGUGGGGGGAUGCGCCGCGGCUGGGGCUCCCUCUCCAGAGUCUCUGUCUCCUGUCUGUGAAACAAGAGGUUCUGUUCACCUCUGGGCCCUGCAGGGUCUGACAUGGUUCGAUUCUCCUGGCGGGGGCUCACUGUGCUGUGUGGUCCUGGGUAGCGCCCUGGAAGGCCAGGGGUGUCCUCCUCGGGGCUGGUGCCCCUGGGGGCUCAUGGGCCUGCACACGCGCGGGUCCCGUAGGACACUCUUCUUCUUCUUGGUGACUCUGUCACAGUGCAAAGUGUCUGAGGUGACUCUCGGCCCACAGAGCACAUCUGGUCUCGUCCCCCUCUCCACCCCCCCACCUCUCACCGUCAGCCUCUUUGCCCACCCCGAAAGUGCUGGCCCAGGCCUGCUUAUCUGUUUAUUUUCAAAGAGCUUCAUGUGGUUAAUUGAGUCUUAAAAUGACAUCCCACCAGCCAGUGUGGCCACCCCAGUCCACCCCGCUCUCGCCCCUCCCGCCAAAAUUCACCGUUUAACAAAACACACUAGAGCAGCUCUCAGGGUGUGGCUGGAUGCGUACCCCUCCGUGACUUCUGCUGGAAACUCCAGCUCGCCCAGGCUGACCUCCUGGCCAUGUCACCCUCACCUGAUCCCCUCCUGGACCGAGUGACAGUGGCCUGCUUGUAGAGGUCACUUGGAGUAGGGAGGCAUGGCCAAGGGUCUUCCCUGUUCUUGACUUUGGAUGUGAACCAGAUGCUGCCCUCUUAUCGUAUCCUUGGCUCCCAAGUGGGUCUUAAGACUCACUCAACCUUCUCUUCCUAACGGACGAAAGACUGUGUCCCUCCCCUCAGCAGACUUUGCCGAGAUCGUCCCCGGAGAGAGGCUUCCCACUGGAGGCUAAGGAGGCUUGGCCCUCCUGGCUUCAGGUUGAACCUCACCCUUCUUCUCUAGCAGUGCUUACUUUGUGGAACAUACUAGUGCAAAUAUUUUUGGUGCUAAAUACUAUAGAAAUCAACGCCAAUGGGAGAGCUGACAGCCAGCUCCUGAGACUGUGUAAGACUCCACUGAGAAGCAGAAGGGAGUCAGGUAUGCCCGGACCAUAGGGGACGCCCGGGAGCUGGGGUGGGAGCAUGCAAUGGCGUGGAGAGCCUGUUGGGCUUUGCUUUUGGUUUCCCAGGUGACGUUGGCCCAGUCUCCAAAUCUCUCAGAGUACCAGAUUUCUCACCUUCAGACAUUUACAAGGUUAGAAUAGAUAUCCUUAGGGUCCCUCUCAGUUAAAAAGAAAAGAAAAGAAAAGAAAAAAUCCUGGUCCCACCUGUUCUGUUUGUUUUGUUUACUUGCUUAUUAGAAAUAAGAGGGAAAAUGAAAGGCAGGUAAAGAAGGGGAGGAGGGAAAGUUACUGAGGAUGAGAAACUGAUUUAGAAGGCAAACAGGGAAGAUGCCAGGAGUGUUAGGUUGGAGGGUUGCUGGUGGGGGGGCGAGGGGCCAGGCCCACCAGCUCUCCAGCUGUGGCCUGCCCCCCUCCACCCCCGAGACUGACUUCUGCAGGCUCUCCUCCUCAGUUUGCUGGCUUCUCCAUUCAACACCGACAAGCCCUAGGCUGGCAGAAAUGAUUAGGGAGAUAGGCCCGCCCCACUCUCGUGCAGGCCGCUGGCAGUCUGAUCUCAAAAACCAAAAGAUACAUGUCCUCACAUGCUAUUUCAAGAGGGUAGGAAGUUGGAAAGAGGGCAGGAUUUUAGGCUGUGGACUCUUCACCAAAGUCCUUUUCCAGAACACUGAAUGGCAUCCUUUUUCCCAAACCAAACAGCAGCAGAAUUAUCUCAUUGGAGGUGGGGUGAUUUCGGGGCCAGUUUGGGCUUUGGGACCUUCCCUGUGCUUUGCUUACAGCCUGGAGCAAAGAAACAUCUAUAGUUCUUGGGUGAAGAAGUUUGAAGACCUGUGCCCAAGGUCUAGAGGACCGCCCUCAAAUACCCCUGGAAUGGCUAUCGUCAGCUCUGGCAGAGCCGACCAUUUAGAACACUCCAUGGCAUUUGUCUUAGAGCAAGAAAGGGCAUCUGCAGCCCAGGACUUGGUGCUGUAACCACAUUGUUUUUGGUCCCUGGCGUGCCAAACUUUUCUUUGAUACCAAAUAAAAUGUUUUGGCCAACACUUAAUAGGUUUUAAAGGGAAAUUCCAAGUCUUUGUAACAUUUUUAAGGUAUCAAUAUAUUCUCCAGAAAAUGCUUUGGGAUUGCUGAAUGGACUGGCCAUUAGCAUCAUCUGAGGGGAAGUGUAGGGCCCUAGAAAUUGUAUGCUUGUAUCUAUAUCUCUAACUGGGCUGGCUUCAGUGAGAGUCUGCUUGGAGUCAGCAAAUGGAUUCCUUGAUGCUUGGUCUCUUUGAGCCUUACAAUCCUCCGGGAUGAGAUACCCAGAGAUGGCCUGGCCCUAAGAGAGCCCGUCAGAGAUGUUAUUGGGAAAUCUGUCAUCUUGUAAAAUUUGAUCCUUGGGCGUUCCCUGAAGUGAAUUAUGCUGGUGACAACAUUCUGAGCAUCUGAGAAUCUCUCCUCCUGGCAGUCGGAUAGAUGACCAGGCAGGAAUGACUUCUACCACACCCCGUUUGGGGGUUGCCAUUGAAUUCACCUGGACUGCAGGUAUGCAUCCCCUAGGACGGAUGGGGCAGAGAGAAUGGGAGAUGUUGAUAAUACUAUUUCAGAAAGGUGACUGGUGGAUAUGGUGAACAUUUAUGUCGUGACUUUGGAUGUUAGGCCUUUUGCUGUGAGUAUAGGCUAUCCCACCCUGAGAAUUUGAAUCUUGGCUUCUGAUAGAGUCUCUGUUUCCCUGGUACAAUCUUCUCUAGCAUAGUUUCCUUGAUUGUCUCCCAAAAUUCUAUACUUUGCAACAAGAGAUCUCUCUGGCCCAAGUCUCAGUGCGCCAACAUAGACACUUUGCGGUUUCACAAGGAGAUCCGUGGAGAUUGAAGCUUCUCUCAAAAUACUUGGAAUUCUUUUUUUUUUUUUUUUUAAUUUUCUAUUUAUUUAUUUAUUUUUUAAAUACUUGGAAUUCUUGAUCAGAGUAAUAAAAACCAGAUUCCCCUUCCUCUUCAGCUAUGUUCCAAAUUUAAGACAAAGUCUGGUUUGAUAUGGCAGUAGGGAUGAUGUCCUAACCCAGUAUGUUGAACUACUUUCCAUCCUACAGAGAGGCAGGACAGUAAGCUCUGUUAAUUUUUUCUAAUCACGAAGGUUAUCGUCGCUUUGUGUGCAAUGCCGUGGCCCAAGCUCAUAGCUCGCAAGAGGUACUCAUGGCCAACAAAGCUAGAAAUGUCUAGAUGUAACAAGAUAACAGAUGAGGAAAGGCUUGUUGUUUCUGAGAAAUGUCUUGGCACUCAGGGGUCUUGCUUUUUGGUUUGACGUAUUUUGAGAAGGGUUGGCUUCUUCUCACUUUAGACACUGGCUGACUUAGAUGUCCUUCCCCAAAGUCCAAAGGAAGAUCGAGAGCCCAGAUGUAUUUUCUGACGUUCUUUUAGAUGCAGUUUCCCAAAAGCCUAGCGAGAAAGGUCAGUACUCAAGUCUAGGUCUGGUAGUUAUUCCUUCAUUUAAGAAGAGUAUAGUAAAUAGCUCCCUUCUGUGUCGUGUUUUCUUUCUUCGAGAAGCCUCAUGCUCUUUCCCUACUUAACAGCUAUGUGACAUUCAGCUGGUGAGCCUGAGCCCACCUCUGAAGUGAAUAAAAAUACCCGGUCCAGGCGAUUUAAUUUCUGCUUUCUGCAGAAGAAAGUCAAUUUCAGUCAAGGUUUCCUUUCAUUUUUAUGCUUUUUACGUCUUCUCUUCUUCUUCUCCCCCCCCCUCCCCCAACUUUGGCUCCAUCCUCUUGCUUCCAUGGGACUGACAAUCCAGCUUCUCAAACUCCAUGAAAGUCUUAAUGUGAGGUGAAUUCCAGGACCACAAACAGGACUUCAAACAGUGAGAAAAUUGGCGCUGAAUGAUUCGGCACACAAAGCAGAAAACCUUCAUUUCCUGCAGGCAGGAUGGAAUUGACUGUUAUAUUAAGACUUGUGAAGGAGCCCUGCCCUGGAGUAAUUUUGGUGCUGUCAGAUGACGCUGACAUCUAGAUUAACCUCUGUGCAGUGAAGUUGACUGCAAAGCUCAUUGAGAUGCAGGUCCUGUAUCUUCACAAAUCCCAUCUGGAACUUUCCGUGGCCCACCCUCAGCAAACUCCCCAGCCCAUCCCCACCCACUGCUCCCUCCAGCCAGGAACUUUCAGCCUGCAGGAGGGCAGAAGCCAGGACCACGAUCUGACCCCAAGAGAGGCAGUUUGACCUUUCUCUGACCAAAGUGCUGAGCCAGGCUUCCUGCUCAGCGGGAGGGACGGUGGUUGUCACUGUCUCGGUUUUCCCUGAGGGGACUGCACAUCCAGGCAAGAAAGCCCGUCUGCGGAUGACAAACAGCUUCGCAGCAUAUCUCAAUGUUGCACAAAGUGAAAUGGUUUAUGAAGAAUUAGUGCGCCCGGCGUCAGGGAACCUGCUUUUCCCCCCUCCUUCCAGCAAAUCUAGGUGUGGGUGCCACAGAUCGGCAAGGCAGCCAGAUGGGCUCUAAUGGACAAAGGACUUGCUCUGGGUCCGUGCAGGUGUUUCCUAUGUUCCUUAUGAGAAAGGCAGUCUCAGCUCCUUCUUCUCCUAGGUGGGACAGAGUGUGUACUUGUCAUCCAAGCCCCGGCUUGUCAGCUCUCUCCGUAUGGGCUGGUGGGCUCCAGUACGACCCCAAAUCCUUCAGCCAGCAGGAACCUCAAAGCUGAAUUUACAACUUCUCUCUAAGUGAAGGCUAUUAAUUACAUCAAAAGUCUAAAGAAAAGGCCGUUAGCGCAGUUUCAAACUCCUCCCACUUCUGACUCCUUAGAGCGGCACCACGUCAUCACAGGUGCCUUGGGAAACUUACCUUGGGAUUUUAGAAUACGGUGAAGUCCAGAGAACAUAUUUCUCUGGGGUUUUGCCGACUCUGAUUCUCUCUGAAAUUGUUUUUCCUACUUUGCCUCUUGCCUUGAAUAUGAGUAACGAUCUCCUUGUAUGUUCUUAGGUAUUUCUUUAGGAGAAAUGAAAGCUUUCAGCUCAAGGACGUUGUGGUUAUUGACGGGAGAAAAUAGAUUUCUGGGCCAAGUAAUGUCACAAUCAUAUAGAGGCAAAGCCGGCGACUUUAUUAAAAGCAAUUAUAAGAGUUGUGCUUUGUUCUCAUGCUCAAGCUCACAUAGGGCAAACGACAGUCAUCUUUCAUUUUCAUUACUUAUGAUACUUGUGUACACACAUACAGAUGCGUGCCCUCCCCCAAAUGCAUCUAUACUCUUCUUGCGCCAACAUGAUCUAACAAGCCAGGGUGGCCUUUGUGUUUCUUCAGCUGAGCACCGUGUGCACGUGCGUGCAAAUACAUGUGCUCCCAGCAUGUGGCUUCUUAACUACAGUUCAUCUCUCUCUCUCUUUUUUUUUUUUUUUUAAAUAUCACAUAGCCUUUGACUUUCUCCACUGUGGACCAUUUAUGGACUUACGGUUUUUUCAAAGGAGACUAAGUCCCAUAUUUUCAGAACCUUCAUAUUUAAAGGUUGGACUAGUUUUCUCAGAGAAAAGGAAAACCAGACCGAAUCUAAGUGUGGAUUUUAUUUAAUUAACUUUGAGGGGUGGGGGUGGGGAAGCACUGAAUUUUGGCUUGAAGAAGGCAUGCUAAAUACAGAUAGCAAUGUGAACCAGUUCCAGCAGAUUCCUGAAGCUACCUUGGAGCCGAAGCAAUUAGGUAGAAAACUCAAACAUUCAGAUUGGAUCAGAGAUCGCUGGGCAAGGGUCUGAUUUUCCCUGGGAAGGUUAAAUGUUCCGCAGGACAUGGAAGGUGUCCAAGGUCAGAAGUGAGCAGGCUGGACUGGGUGUUACUUGGUAGGUGACUGUGCACAAGUCACCUCAGUUCUCCAGCCCGAGGUAGAAGUGUCCUUGGUACAAGGGGCUACUAGUUGCAGACUCGCCCCUUCUCUGGCCCAGUGAUGGGAGUGUCUCAUCCAGUGAUGGGACAAGCCGAUCUGCUUCACCUUCACCCACAGGCUCUGAUCAGCCAUCAGAAGGUAAAGCAUACCUUCUCAAGUCUCCUUGAGUUCAAGUGUGCACACCUCCCACCCUCCGGAGUCACCCCCCUUUCCAUCCUGCAGUCAGUUCUUCUCUUGCACCUGCUGUGCGUGGAAAGCCAUCCAAACUCUGAACUCCUCUGGUCCUUCUGCUGUCCCUGAUGCCACCCCUUAAAGGCCAGCUUUUCUCUCUGGUAGGUCUGGGGAAGCCCUGCAGCCCCAGCUUCCUCUUUCCUAGCCUGAGCAUCAGCCCCACUUGUGAUGGAGUCUAGGUUUCUGGAGAAGUGAACAGCGCGCUCUCACAUCCAUCCACCAGUCUCUCCAGCUCUGUGGACCAAGUGAUUAGCUCCUCAUUAACACCUCAUCACUGGCUCUUGCACAAGAGACUCUGGGACAACAAGCCGAUUAUUAUACCGCUGAAGUCUGUCUUUUUGAAGUCAUCCCUUCCUUCCGGCUGGGUUAGGAAAGGAGAGCCUGCUACAAACAGCUUUUCCUUCGAAUUUCUCUGGCUUUUUAAAAAUUUAUUAUUUUUUUUCCUGGUGGUUAAAUAUACUGAUAAAUGGUAAACCAUGGUUUUCUUUUUUGUUUCUGAGGCCCCCACCAGUGUGACUGUCCUCUGCCCCUAUGAAUAGGAGCCCCACAUGUCAGCUGAGUGUUUAUUUAUUUCCUGAAGUGGCUAUAAUAUUGACACAGAGAUUUGUAGCAUCUAAAUCUUGAGGGGGGAUAAGAGGCUUUUUUAAGAUCUUUACUGUGAUAGCACAAGAAAGGUUUAUACCAUAAGAAUAGAAAUGAACCUGAGAACAUGCUCCCUUCUUUAGGGAACAAUGAGGGAGAAGAAAUCACUGGGCCACUAGGCCCUCUAUUCCACAGAUCCUUAUGUAGCGACAGAUGCUUCAACUUUGUCCUUGACACAGCUCUGAAAACACAGUAAUGACCUAUGACUGACUAUCCACAUUUGCUAUUAAGAACAGAGUCGUCAUAUCUAACCCAACCCCUACUUAAGAAUAUAUAUAUAUCAUUUUUUUUCAUAACUCUGGGGAAUGGUUUGAUAUUGUUUUUCUUUUCUGGGCUCCUUCUAAUAUUUUCAACGCAAUUUAAAUUUUUUUUUUCACUUUUUUUUCUUUAGGAAAGACAGGUCUAUUUUAAAUACAGUCCAUGAUAAAAUGGCAAGUGUGGUGGAGGGAGACGAUGGGCAAAGGAGACAGUGGACCUCGGAGCUCUACUUCCUGCUGAAAAGCAUUAUCCCUUCUGUGCCUCAGUUUCUUAGACAACAACAACAAAAAGGUGCUAACAACCUGCUUCCUGUCACAGAGGGUUCUAAUGAGCACCAAUGAGGUCAUGGCUGUCCAAGUUCUCUGUGAGCAUCUCAGGACCCCUCGUGUUCGAUGGGUGAAGCCUGUUCUCUGGCAGUGAGGGUUGCAAAGAGGCAUGCUGGUGCCAAGCUGUGAGCUGCUCCGGAAUGUGCCUCAUUUUAAGGUUGUGCAAUCAGGUUUUUCUUAAAAUAUCUUACAUCCCUCUGGCAGUCUGGUUUCUUGUUUAUAGCACUGGUGUGUUCCUCUUUGAAUGACCAUGGAGCAUCAAGAGAUGGGGGAUACCUUUACAAAAAUACAGCAGAAAGAGCAUGGUCGAUCCAUUUGGCUUUGUCAUUGAAGAGCGAUUGUUGGUAGGUUUCUUUCUAGGGCCUGGAACCCUGAACGUUUUACAGCAAAAUGGCAUCUCUCGCUGCAUUUAACUCCGUAUCAUCCAUUGUUGAUUUUAUGAGAUUCUGUAGAUUUAAAUGUAAUGUUUUUUAACUGAAGACUAUAUGAAGCUUCCAUUAUAAAUUGGGUGGUAAAACUAAUCUUGCAGGAAGCACCCGAAGUGAUAAUGAUCCUGAAGCAGAAUUACGUUCAUUCUGGGGCCAGCAUUUUGCACAUGGGGAAAUAACCUUAAGAUGGAAUGAACUGCCUGAGCGGAGACCAAAUGCUCAACCACACUUCUGAUAGCCUUGAGCACCAACAAAUAGGUGUGAGUGGGAUUCCCACUGAGAAAUGCAUCUAACUGAAAAUGAACCACCUCCCCCUCCCAACAGUAAAUCCCGAGGCCAGACUGCCAAGGUUACAACAGUGAAGUCAUUUACAGCCCCUAAAAAAAUCCCAGGUGUUUGCAACAUCAGCCACUAUUUUAAGUACCUUGCAAUGGUGACUACUUGGCAAGUUAAACCCUUGGAGUGUGAUUUCCGUUAGAUCUUCAAGCCACAACCAGGUGUGAUGCAACUAAGAGCUUUGCAUGAUUUAAAAAAAAAAAAAAAAAAAGUUUUGCUCACUGCAGAGAGGAAUCAGAAUAAAGCGACGUACCUGAAAUCCUAACUGAUCCACGCCUACUUUGCUCAAGUUGAGGCUUCUCUUUUCACCUUGGGCUCAAUUUUUGUUUGUUUUGUAUAGAAAAGCCACAUCUCCAUGCUGGAAUUCUGUCCAGAUGAUUUUCCCCCUGUAGCUGUCCAGCAGACAGAAAGCAUUUCAGCUUUCUUUGAAAUGAGAAUCCAAAUUGGGUUAUGACUAGGAUUUUAAAUUAUGGUGUGAAAUUGGAGGAGGCAAGCUAGUUCAGGGCAGUGUUCCAUAAUUCAUUCUGAUAAUCCCGAGGAGAUGACCUCCUUCACAGUACUGUGAAGGCCUGCCUUGAAAAAGCCGUUUCAGUAUGUAACUUCCUAGUGACAAGGCUGAUUAUUUAAGAAUUUCAGAGGUACUGUUUGAGAAAUAACUCACUGGAUAUGGAAAAUCUGAUGUAAUAACAAGAACAAGAAAUUUUUUUUUUUUUUUAAUUUUCCUCUCUCGGAGCAUUUAGUCUUUCUUGGGGGGGCCAUCAGGAUAUUUCCUUUUCAAGGCUGGAAAAGAUUGAUUAUAGUUCAUGUCUGAAAGCAAAGUCUCCCCCAAGCCCAGUGGAGUUGGAGGCAUUGAAAAUGACCCAUGUUAAUUUUCUGUGGCCCCACAGAAUCAAAGACCCAUCUUGUUUAUAUGUGUGGGCCAUAGCGGAUAAGCUCAAGGGCAUUGUCAAAAUACAAUGAAAAGGAAGCAAGUCGGGACAAGAAAACUCUCACUUUGAAUGUGAGAGAAAACAGCAGUCCUGCUUUCUCUGGCAAAGAUUUGUGUACUGUUAAGGGAAGAAUCAUGUUCUUUCUCAAGUAGGUUUUACUUUCUGAGAUAUUGUGUGUGUGUGUGUGUGUGUGUGUGUUGGCUGAAAGGGGGAGUGGGGCCAGUUAGGAAGUACUUAUGAUUAUGUGUUUAGACCUUCUCUUGAGCAUAGUAAAAGCUCUGCUCAGUUUCUCAGAAUGUGACACUAAAAUUAGGGGUGGAGAGGAAUUCAGGAUCCAUGUUCCUGUAUGUGGUAAAGUUUUACCCAAAUAUUUCCUUCAGGAGCUUUUAAUCACAGGAAACCAAUCAAUUUCCUGUCUAUAAUCAGUAUCAGGAAAAAGAAGUCAGUAGGCAAUUUCUGCAGCCCCUCAUGCUAUAUCCAUUUGUAGCCUUCUUUUCUAAUAGCUGGGGGUCAUUGAAUCACAUGAGGGAAUGUGCUAGUAGGGACUGAAUGGGAAGAUUGUUUGGAUGAGCUUCCCCACCAGUAUUAUGGCAAUGCAUUAACUCUGUCCUGCAAGAAAACUAGGGUCACUCCAGGUCUACUUUCAUUUAAAAUGGCAUAAAAAGGGAAGCUUGAAACAUCUUUGGGGAGCUGCCAUCUAUAGUCAGCCUCUGCUCAAAGAGUUUUCACUUUGAUGAAGGCACCGUUCAGUGAUUCCUGGGUAUCUGUUUUCAGCACCAGGGACAGCAAACCCCUCCCUCCAUUGAAGCAAGGCCUUCUGUCCUGAUUGGCCUUCUAGGCAAGGGUUGGUUUUUCCUUUCCUUCUUAUCCAUUGAGGCUUCAACUUGUAAGACUUUAUUCUUAAGUUCCGGUGCUUACAUCUUUUAUUUUUUUCUGAGCCUAGUGGCUUAGCUGUUUCUGUCACAUUCUCAACUUGCUAACAAAAGAUGGGGGUUGGACUAACACAGCUAGGUCUCCUGGCUCAGAGGAGUGGAAAGAAAGACACUUAGAUGUGAAUGGAGGGCACGCUUUGGCAGAAGAAGCCCCUGCAGAAAAUCUUCACAUGGCGCCGUUGACUUGUAAAGUCCCACAAGGGGGACUGAUGUUGGCGAUUGCUUCCUUUAAAAAAUGUCUGUGCAGUUCCCAUGAUGUAUGAGUCUACGUUUCAUUCCGUGUGCGUUGCAGGCAAUCUUUCACAAGAGCUGAACAGAAGCUAUGAGCUUUGGGGACAGAAAAGGGGGCAGGGAUGCUGUUGGUAGGCUAAGCCACUCAAGGAGGGGCACUGCUUUGAAUGCUGGCAGCCACCCUUCAGUCCUGAGUCCUGUUCAGCAGCUAACUUUGCCUUUAACACUGCAAAUGGGCUCCUUGAAGCCUUCAUCCAGCCAGACUGAAGGGGUGCCCUGGGAAAAUGAGCAUAACAGAAGCAAAUGUUUUCACUUUGUCUUGUGAUUGGCCAGCUGUCAUUGAGCACAAUAGUGCACAGAUUCUCUUAGAGGUAGCAUUGUCUUCUCUCAACUAAUCAGCUGUGUCCUUCUCACUUUUGUCAGGAUGGCCCCAGGGCUGGGAAAGCAAGACAGUCACUGCAGAUUUCAUCUUAAAUACUGUCUUCUAUUUCACAGAUGUUAAAUAAACUCCAUUUCAAUUGCUUCUGGAGCAUCCAAGGCUCUGAACAGUCCCCCAUACCCUCUCUUCUACUGCCCCCCAACCUUCAGUGUUGCUUAUCAUAAUUCAUAACAUUUAGUGCUCUGCUCUAUGACCAUAAGAGCUUCUUUUUAGGGUAAAUCAAGUGGUAGGUAGCAGCAGGCUAGAGCCAGAUCUCAUAGGAACAAGUUCAAUGAAAUUGUGAUUUUUAACCUUGCAGUGGGUCUGAGGAGAAGCCAUCGUUCCCCUCUAUCCUUGUCCUCUUGAGGGUGUCCCGUUCCAGUGCUCACACUUGCCAUGCCAGGAGUUCCUCUAGAUUAUUUUCGUGACAACUAGGGGAGAGCAGGUUCAAACAUUCUCUCUUUGAGUCCUUUAGGAUGGAGGAGUUUUGUUUUAUAUUGAAAUCAAGGAACAAUCUUAGUUUAGAAAGAAUGUGUAAAUGGAAGACCAAAAGCUAUAGGAAAGCUCAAUAAGAGAAGUUUUCUUUCCUUAGAACAGAGAGGAAGGGGUUGCAGAUUGACUGGUGGGAAACAGAUGAUCCACUGGCCAGGGAGGAAUGUGUUCUGAGACUGGAGAUACAGAAGCAGACGUCUUUAGAUGUAGAGGUAAUGCCAAUGAGAGCCUCAAGAGGGAACAGGCCAGAGAAUAAAAUUGAUGGAGGUUCUCAGUACUUUUUCUGGAAAAUUCCUGCAACAUUCAAGGGCACUUCUAGCCCUCUGCCUACUUGGAGGUGAGCUCAGUGCUCCUUCUGGGUUCUUAAGGCAAAUGCCCUACAAACACCAAAGUCUUGUAUUUUCCACUGUCAGUCAACACUGGCUGUCUCGAGUGGGAUUAUUUCCCCCUUCCCUAUGUGAAAGGGACUUGUUUUCAGGAGAAGUGUCCUUUAAACAUCCAGCUAAAACUGGAGGUAAUUUUUUGCAUGAAUGGCUUUUUACAGCUAGGUCUAAAGCAGAACAAAACUUGUAUUAAACUAAGUGCUACUUUACAUAUCUUAUUUCAAGGGAAAUGAAGGAUUUAUUGCCGUGUAAAUGAUGUACACUGAUUUGUUUCCUACUGGACAUUACAUGUCCCUUUAUCUUUAGGCUGAUGUUGUGCAGCAAACUUUCAAUAUCUGGAAAAUCAGCUGGUACCUACUUUAGUGCACUAUUAGGGUGUUAUAUUCUCAGAGAAGAAUUUUGCAAAUGAAGUUUGGGUGCUGCUAUAGCUGAUUUUCACCCCUGUCCCUAAGCUUUCUGUACUAAAUAUAUGUAAAGUGAUUAUAUCUUGUCUGAUCCCAUGUGUUUGUGUGUGUUUCCAAUGUUUAUAUAAACAUAUUGGCCAUCUGAAAUGCUACUUGGAUUAUGGCAACUGCUGAACAAUGGUGUACAUGGCAUGAGGACAUAUGGUACAUGCACACUCUUGUUCUGAGGUCAAGCUAAUCUUACAGAGUUUAGGGGGGGAAAUGUGGCAUGGCUUGGGAAAUCUUCAACAGUGGCUAUUUAUAGCCAAGCCAUGAUUCAUGGUGGAGACCUUGACAGUGGCAGAGCUGAGGUGUGCUCACCUGGACUUUACGUCAUUUAUUUUAAUCUCAGUGGAUUGUUCCUUAGUCCUGUUUAAUGACUUAGAAAUAUUCCAUCAUGCUCCUUGUUUUACCCCCCCCCCCUCCCGGCCACUAGAAAGCACUGAUCAUGCUUGUUUCCCACCAUUUGGAUCCCAAAGUUGUUAACUUAAAAUGGGUGGCUGAGGUUUUAGUACACUGGGUUUUACUAAUAGUAAUCUCUUCCAUGAGGUACUAUUUUUUCCAUUCUUUUCCUUUGUGACAAAUAAAUCCAUUGGCUGUACUAAGUUUAUUUGCAUCCGAGCAAGUCUUAGAGAAUCAAUUUAGUUAAAAUGAUCGUAUUUGCCUUCAGAAAAGAGGCUCAUGGUCUAAAUAUAAUUCUUAUGUAAAGUUGUCUUUUAUGGAAAAAUAAAUAUGGAUUCUAACCUGGUAAGAUGGCCCCGGGGUAGGGGGAUGUGUUCUCAGUUGAUAUUAAGGGGCGUGUUAAAAAGGCAAGUGCCCUCCCUUUCUCUAUUCCCCACCCCACCCUGCUUUCCUCCCCAACCUCAAAAGAAAACAGAAAAUUAUUUUUUUAAAUUGUAUUAAUAAUUUAUGUUUAAUACAAAAGGAUGAUUUAAUGGUAUCACCAAAGGUCAUUUCUCCCAUUGUGCAUGUCCUUCACUCAGCCCCAUACCCAUCACCCCAUUCUUCACCCUCAUGCUUCCAUCCCAAGGCAAACAUGUGUCUCCAUUGGAAUCCAUCAGUGUUGAAGUUAAAUGUGGGGGCGGAGAUUUAACACCAUGACAUUAAUGAAAACCAACCAUUCUUCACUUUCAAAUGGUUAAUUGCUACAAGAAGGCAAACUCUUCUCUUGGUUUUUGCUUAAAAACAUUUUAUACAUAUAUAUGUAUAUAUGUGUGUGUAUGUAUGGACAUAUGUAUGUAUAUGCACAUGUACAUGUAUAUAUGUAUAUAUCCAUUUCCAAUAUAAAUAUAUCAUAUGUGAGAGUUGUAAAUACUUCUUGGUCAUAUGUCUGUCUUCCUCAUGGUAUCAUAUCUUCAAUGUUACGUUAACAACUCCAUUUAUCGAUUGAUGAAAUCGUGUGUAGAACUGUAUCCUCCUGACAUAGUUUAUGUAGGGUCUCUUCUCAAAUAAAGUAUAAAACAUGAA